ACUGUCAAUACUGUCAAAUAAAAUUUGUUGCUUGCUGUGCCGGGUGAAUGUGAAAAAAUAUUUACUUACUUGGUUGGUUGGUAUUCUGCGCGCGUCGUCAGUCUUUCAUACACGACCUCCAGGUCGAUACCUUGCAUUGGAUUAUAACGAUCAUUUCAAAUUCUUCAACAACCAUGGAUGAUACUUUAUUGCCUCCAUCGCCCAACUGGUUUCAAGUUUCCGUUUUAGCGGUUAGCAACGAUGGGUGGAUGGUGUACGGCGGUCCUACCAAGAGUCUUUGUGCUUUGCAGCCUCUAUCUGCUGAGGACAAGACCUUGAUAGAGGGUAAAAGAUACAAAGCACAUGUCCUCAACAGAGCCUGUGGAGAGAGGAUCAUAAGUGUGGAUAUUUCACCGGAAUGGCCACAAACACGCACUGUACUGACUGGCAGUGCCAGUGGUGCUGUUAAACUGUGGAGCUUGGAGCCUCUACUUGAGUCAAAAACAUUCAAAUUAUUGCUAAGUCAUGAUGUACAUCGUAGCGACAAGGAGGAAAUAGCUGGUGUUGGAUUCUCAAAUGAAACAACCGCCAUCACAGUUGGUGGUAACGGAAGUAUUGUGAAAUGGAACCUGGUUUCAAAUAUUGUGAAGACAUUCCAUCAUAUCAGACAAUUCAGGCCAAUUUGCAUGUCCUGUUCACCGCAUUUACCGCUGCAUGUGGCUGUAGGAACUAAACAGGGAGUUGUCAUUUUAUUAGAUUUAAACGGGCCGGGUAGAAUUGUAUACAAAGUCCGUGGUCAAGAUGAUGAAAUCACAAAUCUUAGCUGGUGUCCUAAAUAUGAUCUAUCACUCAAAAAGACACUCAACGAGUCAGAGAAAAGGCUUAGUCUCAAGAGUCGUGUACUGGAGAAUGAGUCGGUGAAUGAACUGGAAGCAUCAGGUGUAGGGAAAAAUUUGCCUGAUGACAGCUUCGAUGAAUCAGCUGCUACACAAGAAGAUGAGUUGUUUGACAUCUACAAGGACCAUGAGGCUGACGAGUUUGGCCAUAAGAAGUAUCAGCCAGAAGAUAUAUACGUAAAAGUUGCUUCUGAAGAUAAAGAGGACGACUAUUUAGCUGAAUGUAUGAAACUGAAAGAGGAGAUAUUAAAGAACAAGGCUGAAAGCGAAACUGCUAUACAGUCUUUGGUAGAUGCUAUUGAAAACACCCAUGUAGAUAGUGAGAAGGCUUCUACAUUAACUGAUACUGCACAACCUGAUGGUAGCACCAGUGAUAAGCCUGGUGAUAACACAGAAGAAUCUGAUGUUGAUAAAAAAAAGACAGCAAAAAAGACAAUUGAGGCCAGUGAACAUGUCCAUAAACAUUUAUUGGCCACUAUUGGUAAACAUGGAAGCAUUCGUGUAUGGUCUAAGGCUGGAAAACUGGUGGGCAGCUGUGUUGUCCCCAGUUUCCCCAGCAAAAACCAGAAGGUUAAGCUGUUGCCUUCUUACCCUACAUUAUUAUGGUACAAACCAGAUUUAUUGAUCAUAGCAGAUGGAAAGAAUCAGCUACUACAAUGUGAUCCACUUAAAAUUGACUGUAAGAACAAAUUGGAUUGGGGUUUAGUCCAUGGAUAUCACAAGCGCUCAAUAUACUCGCUCUCGUCGAACGCUCCUCGAGUGCAGACGGGGUCGGAGUCCGAUGUGGAUUGGGUGGUGUAUACCAACUCGCAGGAUCGCUACAUCAUCCAGUAUUCCAUGCACAGCAAGCAGAAAGUGGCUCAGCACGCCACGUCUGGCGGCUUCGUGUAUACUGUGGCAUCGUGCCCUUACGACGCGUCCAAAGUGGCUAUAAGCAUCGGCGAUGGGUGUGUCAGGAUAUGGGAAACCAGCACCUUGGAGAAUGAUGACAUGAAGUUGAGCCCUGGACAUGUGUCGACGUACUGGCAGAAUGUCCAGGGCAAAGUGUUGACUGUCGCAUGGCAUCCUACUCGGGAGAAUUUGGUGGCUUUUGGAACUGCAGAAUCGAGGAUCGGCCUACUAGACACCAGCGGCAAAUGCGAGAAGGCCGCUCGUACGUUCAUACCCGCUCUUAGUGGCGCCAUCUACUCGAUCAGCUGGGGCGAGGGCAACGACCUGUACGCUUGCGCGGGCGGCGACCUCAUCAUAUACCACGCGAACAAGCCUGAUGAAGCGCCUUCACCCAUGAGCGUGGUGGUGGAAGGCAAGCAGAUGGAGGUGAGCUUCGUGCGUUGGCUACCGCACGCAAUGGUGUGCGGUAGCAAUACGGGCUGUGUGGCCGUGCUGUCGCCGCGCGCGCCUUAUGACGUGCAAGCCGCACACCUGGCGUUCAGUAAAAUGAUUCACACUGUCGACUGGCAUCCACAUCAGACAUCGAACUCGAGUGAAGAUUCUCCCUACAAAAAUCUGAUUGCAGUGUGUUCUGUGGAGAAACACGGCAAAAUUGUUAUCUUGGAAUACACAGAUAAAGAAGAUGGCAGUAAACAGCUGCAGACUUAUAAAACGUUGGAGGGCCACAAAAUGCCAGUGUUGCAAAUUAUGUGGAACCCGCAUGUGGAAGCUCGAUUACUAUCCACUUGUCAAGACGGCACAGUGAGGGUAUGGGACGUGGUCACCGCCACCUGCGUGUCGAUAUUCGAGGGCCACACAGCUAACACGCUGGGCGCGUGUUGGUCCGCCUUCCCACAACUGCCGACACUAGUGAUGUCCGGCGGCGGUGAUUGUACACUGCGCGUCUGGGACGCUGCCGACUAUCCAGCAGAAGAAUACAAGGGUCAUAACCUAGAAUUGAUACCCAAAAAGAUCAACAAUAAAAGUAGCAAAAAUAAGAAAGAAAAACUCAAGGUUGCCUUGCCUGAGGAGGAAGAAUCCACUAUGACACAAGUGGCAACGCGGCUAACUAACCGCACGAACGUCCCGAAAGGACCCAAAAGGUUCUUGUUACCCAUCCUGAACAAAACCUUGACACCAGAAUGCGAGUUGAACAUAGCGAAGGCCCUCUUCAAAGAAUAUUUGGAGAAAAUACCAGACGCCGAACUUGAUUUAAACCCGGAAGAUGAGGCGCAGAACGAUAUGGAAAUGAUUAAAAUAUUCGGAACGGUCAAGGAUGUCAAUGAUUUGCUGGACGAACAAAUGGAAUGCCACCUGAAAACGAACCACUUUGAGAGCUGGAUUAUGCUGGCCGUAUUCCGCGGACACAUCGAUGAUAUGAUGCAAUUCGCCAGCCAGCGAGACAUACUUUGCCCGUAUCUGCUAAGUUUAGCGCCUUGUGUGUCGCUCAAGUAUUGGAAGGACGCGACCCAGUUAUAUUUGGCACAGAUUGAUAGAUUGGUAGCAAAAGGAGAGGAACAUAAGCUUUCAGAGAAUAAGAACUACGGCGGGUACGUGUUCCGCAAGACGGCGACUCAGCUGGGCGCGCACGACGUGAAGGCCGCGGUGCAGACGUUAGUGGACGCUCGGCUCUUCCAGGAAGCGUAUAUCUUGUGCCGGAUCAGGUACAUGGAUAGCAUUGCCCAAGAGACACUUUGGAAAUGGGCGCGCGACAACUUGCAUGACGGACUCUACAUACGAGCUGCUAUAUGCUACGUAGCCCUCGGAGAAAUAGCGCAAGCGUCAGCAAUGCUCGGGAAAAUGAAUGACGAGGGCAGUCUCAACCUCGCAGCUAGCAUGGCCAAAGUCGUGGGCCAAAACUUGCUAGCUGAUCACAUCGCCGAAAAAAGAGAGAAUAUAAAAAGCACAGCUGAAACUGAGGACACUGAAGAGAUACUGGAACAGUUGCCAUCUAGAAUUGAGCUGCUUAUGAAAAAAUCCGACAAUGAAAUCAACGGGGGACCAAAAAUUAAUGGAGACAGUAACGUGACCAACGGACACUGUUCUGGGUUAAACGGAGGUGCUGUAGCCAACGGUCACAGUGCUGUGGCUAAUGGUGGUGCUUAUGUGGCCAACGGUGAUGGUGCGGUGGCCAGUGCAAGCCAGGAAACCAAAGAGUGAGAUUUUAGAGUUAGUUCCUUUGUCAAAUCGAGUGCCAACAGUAUUUAAUACUAAUCAUAAUGCAUUUAUUUAUUCGUGUUGGUUUUAAUCUGUGUUACUAUCAUGUAAGCCUCGUAUUUGAUACUUGUAGCUGUAAGCUAAUGAAGUACCAAUUUUAUAUCCGCCUCCUAUUUCUCUCACUACCCUACAGGGGUACUUAGUCAGGUUAGGGUACCUACUGAUAUUUUACUUUUGUUGUUCAUUUUGAAUCUCAAUUUUGUUGAUGAAUCAAUGUGAAUUAAUUUUAGCCUCCUUUUCAUUUUGUUAUUUUAUGUAUUUGUAAGUAAAAUUUGUGAUAGUUAUGAUUACACAUUUCCGAUUUUAAAACUCUUCUCAAAAGAGCAUUGUUUUUUAGUUUUUAAGAAUAUGUGUAUAUCUAUGCGAGGUAUCAUUAAAUGUUGUGCUCUAAA